CAAUGUCAACAAAACAGCAUGAGAAAUAUGCCAGAUACAGUUUGACUAAGUUUGACCACUGCUGGUCACAGCCUCAUUGAGUAAGAGAGGCGGUGCCCUUCCGUGUUCUUUCCCUGUUCAGGCGAAAUCCAGGCCUUGAUGAUCAGGCUCAGCCAUCGACAUGUCGUCGUCGUCACCCUCAGGCUUGAUGGCUCGCUCGGCCCUGCAGUUCACGGUGUUGGCCGAGUGCUCGACCACCAAAGCCCGGGCCUCGACCAUGGUCCUACCCCACGCCACCGUGGAAACCCCCGUGUUUAUGCCCGUGGGCACACAAGGCACGCUCAAAGGCCUCCUGCCCGAUCAACUUCUAGCCUUGGAUUGUCGCCUCAUCUUAGGGAACACCUAUCACUUGGGCAAUCGCCCGGGCGUGUCCACUUUAAAGCAAGCGGGGGGCCUUCAUCGCUUCAUGAACUGGCCGCGAGCCUUGCUCACCGAUUCGGGCGGCUUCCAAAUGGUCAGCCUCCUGGAUUUAGCUCAAAUCACCGAAGACGGCGUCAAGUUCCGAUCCCCCUACGAUGAUUCCGAAUGCAUGCUUACGCCCGAGCAUUCCAUGGAAAUCCAGGCCUCCAUCGGGGCCGAUAUCAUGAUGCAGUUGGACGACGUGGUGGAUGCCACCCACGCCGAUCCUGAGCGCUUUGAGGAAGCCCGCCAUCGGACCGUGCGAUGGCUAGAUCGAUGCUUGAAAGCCCACCAAAGACCAGACCGUCAAAACUUAUUCCCCAUCGUUCAGGGGGGAUUGGACGUGGACAAGCGAAAGGAUUGCGCCCGCCGACUCAUUGAACGCGACACGCCCGGUUUCGCGGUGGGCGGUUUGAGCGGCGGCGAAGCCAAGGACGAUUUCUGGCGCAUGGUUCAUGUUUCUACGAACGAGUUGCCGAAGAAUAAGCCGCGUUAUUUGAUGGGUGUGGGUUUUGCCGUGGAUUUAGUGGUGUGUUCGGCUCUAGGCAUUGAUAUGUACGAUUGCGUGUUUCCCACUCGGACGGCUCGAUUUGGCUCGGCCUUGAUUAUGAAACAUCCGGGGGCCUUAAAUCUCAAAGCCCGUGCCUUUCGCCUGGAUUUUGACCCGAUCGACCAAGAGUGUCCUUGUUUUACGUGUCAAAACCAUUCACGGGCUUACAUCCAUUCGAUUAUUCAUGAACCCUCGGCCUGUCAUCUGAUCACGGUGCAUAAUGUGGCCUUCCAACUUCGACUCAUGAAGACAAUCCGACAGAACAUUUUAGCCGAUACCUUCCCGCAAUUCAUUCAAUCGUUUAUGUUGGCCAAUUACCCGGACAAAAAGUAUCCGAUGUGGGCCAUCAACGCCUUACAAGCCGUCGGCGUUCAAUUGUCUUGACGGCUUAGUUAGUGUUUUGUUUACUUUCGUAUACAUUCAAUAAAACCGUUUUCCACUUCCUUCCUUGA